UGCACAUUGCCGUUGUCUUUGUCUCUCGUGUGUGCGCCAUGAGCGCGUGUGUAUAAUAAUAUAUUAUAAUAAUAAUAAUAAUAUAUGUGCGUCGUCAAACCACCACCGUUGUGGCCUUUUUGCGUCCAACAAUUAUACGUAAUAAUUUCCGGCGAUUAAAACGGUUCCGAUUUUCGUCGUGUGUUUCUUCCACUCUCCGUCCUAUACCACUCGUGAUCUAGAAACCGUUUGGACUACCUUCCUGUGAUCAAUUCUAGACGGUAAUACGUGACGUGUUCGGCUCCGGAGUGAUGACUUGAUUACCCACGAGGGGCUUUUCGCUUUUCGCGUUCGUUUUUUUUUUUCGUUUAAAAACAUAUCUUUAUUUUUUUGCAAACGAUCGGUGUGUUGUAUUAUUGUUAUUUUUUUUCUUUGGAAUUUUAAGUUUUUAUUUCUUUUCGUCGAAAAACAUCGGGUAGGUCGCGUGCGACAUGAAGACGACUGUGCUCGUGAUAUGCGUACUCGGGUGUUUGCUGAUCGUCACGGCUCGCGCCUCCGUGGACAGCGGUAGCGGUAGCAGAGGAGCGCCCAACGAGGCGUCCGUGACCAUCGUCGACGAUGAAAAAGCUAUGACGUGAGGACGGAUCCUGUGAAAUCAGUAGCACCCAACCCCAAGACACCGAACGGUCCACAGCAAAAGUCAGCCGCAGCCGUGAGCCCCCAUCGGCAUGAUGACAAGACGUUGAACGACCGGGCUUACUUUCGCGUCACUUCGCAACCGGCCGCGCUAAUCGUGCAGGACAUUGGCGACAAGGACGCAGCCAUAUACAAGUGUCGGGUCGAUUUCAAAAAGUCACCCACCCGAAACUCCAAUGUCAAUUUGACUGUUAUACUACCCCCGGACCGGCUGAGCGUGCUGAACGAAAAAGGUGAUCACAUACCACAUUAUAUACUUGGGCCGUACAAGGAAGGUGUGACGGUCGAUAUCACGUGCAUCGCAAGUGGAGGACGUCCGCCGCCCCGAGUCACCUGGUGGCAAGAGAACGCGCUAAUUGAUGAGACGUUCGAAACGUUACCGGACCGGAAGGUGAGAAACGUGUUGCGCUUAGAACGACUUGAACGUCGCCAUCUCAGCACCGUGUUCACUUGUCAGGCAUCCAACAAUCACAUGGUGCCUCCCAUAUCGAGCUCCGUCUCAUUGGAUAUGAUACUUCGACCAUUAUCGAUCAAAUUGGUCGGAGAAAAUCGUCCACUAUCUGCAGACUCGCCUGUUAACAUAAGUUGUCGAGUUACAGGUGCCAAACCACCGCCAAUCAUCACCUGGUGGAAAGAUGCUACUCAAAUGACAGAUGCUAAACAAAUAACAAGUUCGGAUGGUAACAUAACUACGAGUGUGCUGACGUUUACGCCGACGAUCAAAGACUCGGACAACACACUAAGCUGUCGUGCAGAAAGUGGCAAACCGGAUACCGUCAACAAUAGACACAGCAAAACGGACGGUCGCCAAUACCAAUCGGUCGACGUCGAUUCUUCUGACGGAUGGAAAAUGAACAUAUGUCACGUACCAGUUGUUAACCUUGAGCUUGGGAGCAAUAUCAACGGCAGCGCUAUACAAGAGGGCAUGGACGUGUACUUUGAAUGUAAUAUCAAAUCCAAUCCGUGGGUAUACAGAGUGACAUGGAGACACAACGGAAAGUUACUGAACAAUAACCCGGCCGCUGGUACGAUAGUCAGCAAUCAGAGUCUGGUCUUGCAAAAAGUGUCCCGGAGCCGUGCUGGCAUUUACACGUGCGUCGGUAGCAAUCAAGAGGGCGACGGUGAGAGCAAUUCAGUUCCGUUGGAUAUUAAAUUCGCUCCAGUAUGUCGUCCUGGACAAGAAACGGUGCAAGGGGUGGGCAGACGCGAAGCUGCCAAAGUGCUGUGUGAGGUAGAGGCUAACCCGUCGGAUAACGUUCGAUACACGUGGCGUUUCAACAACUCUCGAGAAACGGUUGACUUGGAUCGUGACCGUUACACAGAGGAGGGACCGCGGAGCACUGCUGCGUACACGCCACUGACGCCACUCGAUUACGGGACACUUAUGUGUUGGGCGAGCAACGAGUUCGGCAAACAAAUAGUGCCAUGCGUAUACCAAGUGAUAGCAGCCGGACGUCCGGAUAGCUUGGAAAACUGCUCGGUAGUAAACCAGACGUCGGCGUCGCUGGUGGUCCGGUGCCAGCCCGGUUUCGACGGCGGCCUCAGCCAGAGGUUCGUCAUGGAGGUAUACGACCGUCACGGACAGUCGCUGGCUGGCAACGUGACGGCCGAUCAACCCGCGUUCACCGUCGGAAGUUUGCCGUCUGGUCUAGGAUUCGACAUCAGCGUCUACGCAUACAACAGCCGCGGACCGUCCGACCCCGUCCAGCUCCACGCCUACACCCUCAAGUCGGCCGAGAAACGCACGGCUGUCACACCUUCGGGAUUUCGUUUUUCGCCCAUGCUAGCCGUGAUCGUCGUCGGCUGCGUCGCAUCCGUCGUGUCGAUCGCGUGUAUCGUGGCCGUGGCCGUAGCUGUGCAGCGGAAGCGGGCUAGGCGCCGUCGCCGCGAACGGUCAAACGACGACUCUAAAACGGCCAUCGAGGGCGUUGACGGAACUGGAACAGGAACAACAGCUGGAACCGGAAUCAGUGAUAACGGCGGAGUCGUUGGUGGCGGCACAGGAGGAGGAAACGAUGGUGGUAUAGGCGGAGGCGACGGUGGAGAUCGUCAUCACCAACGAGCAGAUACCGUCGACGACGGACUCGAAAAAAAUCCUGACAUCAUCCCACACGACAACGAUUACUUAGACGAAGAUGAAAAGGCAUUUGAACGGUUAAACAGUGGCAGAAUAUACUCUUCACGAAUGGUCGACGCAGAAACAUGUAAACAACAAGUUCGCGGACUUAUGCCGCCACCUCCACCGAUGACACCUCAACAGCAGAUCUAUUCUUCGGACAUUGUCAACGGUUCUCCUUCGGCCGGCGUUGUGUACCCAAACCUGAUGUGCCCUACGCCGCCGCCGCAGCUGUUGCUCCAUCAACACUAUCAGCAACAACAAUUACAGCAGCAACAGCAGCCCGCCGCCGCACUGCACCACCUCCGGCACAACGGCGGCGGACCUCAGCACGUGCAAUACGUGCAGGUCGACCACCAGAACCAGUUCGCCAGCCACCCACACCAGCACCACCAUCUGCACCAUCAUCCCCUGCAGCCGCCGCACUACCAGCCGGUCCCGCAGGCCCGUACCAUGACUCUUGGCCGAUACCACAACAACCACAAACACGGCCACAACCAACAGCAAGAUCGGUCCGCCGAGAUACCUCUGUUGUUGGCCGCCCAACCUGGGCUCCAACACCAUCAUCAGCUUCACCAGCGCGAGAGCACGACCGACUUGACAGUGGACCAACAGCUACAGCAGAGAGGCGUUGGCGGUCCAGUUUUCGGCAAACCACCGCCAUCGACUGCACCGUUGCAACAGCAGCAGCAGCAGCAGCAGCAGAUCAUCGCAGCCACGCGGUUCUGACAAACGGACUUCGAGCCGAUUCCCGAGGACGAUUUGGUCAUGUUGUGAACUCGCUCCCAGACAACCCUCCCCCCUCCACCACAAGACGACGACGACCACAACUGCAACUGACCGUAUAUUGAAUAUAUAGGUACAUAUUAUACGGACCACGGACAU